ACCUGAGGCUACAGCGCAGCCUCCCCUGUUGCCUCACACGCAGUGGCGCUCUUGUUUACUUCAACGUUAGGUCUGGGGAAUAAUAAACCUGCGUCACGUCGCCGCUUACUACGUCAAUCAGCUGCCCGCGUAUUAUUUACUAUGGAUGAGGUAGAGGGGGGGAUAUGUAGCGACCACGCGUUAGCAACAAUCGCCCGUUGUGAGGCGAUUCCGGAUGGGCAGUGUGUGGUAAAUCAUGAGUCAGCAGAGUACACGGUUUUUCUCCCGCGCAUUUCUAAUUUAACUACGCCACCAGCGUGACGUCACCGCCGAUCUGUUGGCAUGACAACCCUGGGGAGAGGUGGGACGAACGGCAGGAUGUUGAUAUAAAGAAAAGCAGUAGAGAAGGAUUGAACAUGGGGACAGUGCUGGACAUCAAGAUCAAGAGGGCCAAUAAAGUCUACAGGGAGGGGGAGGUGUUGUCCGGCGUUGUUGUCGUCGUGAGCAAAGACACAGCUCAGCACCAGGGCAUCUUCCUUACCAUGGAGGGAUCUGUCAGUCUGCAGCUUAGUGCCAAAAGUGUGGGCGUGUUUGAGGCGUUCUAUAAUUCAGUGAAGCCGAUACAAAUCAUCAGCAACACCGUGGAAAUGGUGAAACCUGGGAAACUCCCCAGCGGUAAGACUGAAAUCCCUUUUGAGUUCCCACUUGUUAUGAAGAGCAACAAGGUUCUGUACGAGACGUACCAUGGAGUGUUCGUGAACAUUCAGUAUACUCUCCGCUGUGACAUGAAGAGAUCUCUGCUGGCAAAGGACUUGACAAAGACCUGCGAGUUCAUCAUUCACUCACAACCACAGAAGGGUAAACAGAGCCCAAGCCCGGUCAACUUCACAAUAACACCAGAGACGUUACAGAAUGUUAAAGAGAGAGUCUCCCUGCCUAGAUUUCUUAUAAGAGGACAUCUGGACUCCACCAACUGUGUAAUCACUCAGCCGCUAACAGGACAACUACAGGUUGAGACGUCGGACGUCGCCAUCAAGAGUAUUGAGCUGCAGCUGGUGCGGGUGGAGACGUGUGGCUGUGCAGAAGGCUACGCUAGAGAUGCCACUGAAAUACAGAAUAUUCAGAUCGCAGAGGGUGAUGUAUGCCGAGGUCUCCCCAUUCCAAUCUACAUGGUAUUUCCUAGGUUGUUCACCUGCCCAACUUUGGAAACUACCAACUUCAAGAUAGAGUUUGAAGUAAACGUUGUGGUGAUUCUUCAGGACGAUCAUCUCAUCACAGAGAACUUCCCGCUCAAGUUGUAUAGAAUUUAACAUCCUGGCUCCAUUGCUUUGUGGUAGAUGUAAAGGCCAACGGAUGGACCCAAGAUGCUUGACAUUUAUGGCUGGUUACAGGAGCACUUAUUAUUGAGGGUGCGUAAUCGGCCUAAUCCUACAUCAGCACUGCAGAGCAUGAAUGACUUAUCUUCUGCCUUGAAUAUUACAUCACGUUCCACCAACAAUACUUCCCAUUGCCACCAAGGCCUCAUUCACACUGCUAUCAGGCUCCGUUAUGUGGAUCUACGUCAAAUUCUGCACUAUUUUGUUUGAAGGUCCGAUCGGCUCAAAAACUCCGGUGAAAUAUUUUUUUUUUAAAUAAACUGAUGCCAGAAAGUUAGAUUUUUAAAUUACUUCUAUAAAAAAAAAAAUCUUAAAAAGGAGAUGUCCGGUGCAGACUUCUCCUAUUCCAUCCUGCCCAGGCUUACCUUCCUACGUUCCCCUGGAGCUCCGCAACAGCUGAUCGGUCGGCCGGGCUGUCUACUUC